GGCUUUUAUUAGUGACAACUAUCGCAAAGAAUAAAAUGAUUGGUUAUAAAAUAUUCCAGGGAUUCGUUGAUUUUGAUUUACAUUCAUUUUUUUUCUUGGUGUUAUUAACAUUGAUUGAGAAAGAAUAAUGUCAUUAUAAAUAUCAUUCUCUAACGAUUCCAAUCUUUUUUGUAUAUAUUAGUAUUCUAUUCCAAAUGAAUAACGUAAAGAAAUCAUAUACAUAUAUACAUAUAUUAGAUUAAUUUAUUUUUAGGAUUCAAAUACAAUGAUUCUUAAUCAACAAUGGGUUCAAUUAAUUGAAUAUUGUUCAUAUAAAUGUAAUUAUUCAGAUAGUAUUACAAAAGAUAUUGGUAUUGAAAAAUUAUGUCAAGCAACAGAUAUUCAUUUUGGUGAUAAAGAUAAAAAUCAUAAUGAAUGGAUUUUAUCAAAUAAUAAUCGAAAAGAAUAUUUAAUUGUUUCAUUUCAAACACCAAUAUUUAUUAAUGAAAUACAUAUUUAUGAAAGUCUUAAUCCCGGUAGUAUUGUUCAAUUGGAUAUAUUUGAAUGUCAAAGAAGUACGAUUAUAGAAAUUUUAGUUUAA